GGUGAACUGUUCCUUUAAAACUUCACCGGAACGUGAAGUCGAGGCACCCGGAUUUAGACAGAAGCUUCACGGCAGUAAAAGCAGAUUUGGAAGCUGCAAACGGGAUCAGAGAGGAGACUCUUGUCAUUUGUCGAGUAACCCGCAUUUACAGCCAGUUCUCAAUGGGGCGAAAAGUUACGUUAGCUACAUGCAGUUUGAAUCAAUGGGCGUUAGACUUUGACGGGAACUUUGAAAGGAUUUUGAUCAGUAUCGAAAUAGCUCAGUCUAAAGGAGCGAAAUACAGACUGGGACCCGAACUGGAGAUAUGUGGUUACGGCUGCUAUGACCAUUUCUUCGAGUCGGAUACAAUUCUUCACUGUUUUCAAGUGUUGACAAAGCUGCUGGAGUCGCCAGUAACGCAGGGCAUCAUCUGUGAUGUGGGCAUGCCUAUCAUGCAUCGCAGCAUCCGAUACAACUGCAGGGUAAUAUUUCUCAACAAAAAAAUAUUACUGAUUCGUCCCAAAAUGUUACUUGCAAAUGGUGGAAAUUACAGGGAAUUCCGCUGGUUUUCACCCUGGAAAAAAACAAGGCAUGUGGAGGAAUUUGUUCUUCCUGAAAUGAUACAGGAAGUGACAGGACAGGAAACAGUGCCAUUUGGUGAUGGAAUCUUGGUCACAAAAGAGACUUGUCUAGGCAGUGAAAUCUGCGCUGAGCUUUGGAGCUCCAGAAGUCCCCACAUCGACAUGGGUCAGGAUGGGGUGGAGAUCUUUACCAAUUCCUCAGGAAGUCAUCAUGAGCUCAGGAAAGCUUACCAUCGAGUUAAUCUUGUGAAAUCUGCUACAGCAAAGGCUGGUGGGAUCUAUAUUCUGGCCAAUCAGAAAGGCUGCGAUGGGGACCGCCUGUACUAUGAUGGUUGUGCAAUGAUCGCUAUUAAUGGAAACAUUAUAGUCCAAGGAACCCAGUUCUCCUUGGAGGAUGUAGAAGUUGUAAGUGCCACUCUGGACCUGGAAGACGUCAGAAACUAUCGAGGGGAAGCUUGCCAGUCCUUCUUGGAUAAUGAUUCCAAACCAUAUUAUAGAGUAAAGGUGGAUUUUGCGUUGUCUGACAGUAGUGAUAUGUAUCUCCCAUCAUAUGAGUCAAUUCAGUGGCAGUUCCAUACUCCAGAAGAAGAGAUCAGUCUAGGACCAGCUUGCUGGUUAUGGGACUAUCUGAGACGAAGCGGCCAGGCUGGGUUCCUCUUACCUCUCAGUGGAGGAAUUGACAGCUCAGCCACUGCUUGUAUCGUGUAUUCCAUGUGCCACCAAGUCUGCCUGGCUGUCAAAAAUGGAAAUUCCCAGGUGCUUGAGGAUGUCCAGAGGAUAGUGAAUGACCUCUCAUAUAUACCCCAGGACCCCAAGGAACUGUGCGGCCGGAUUUUCACUACCUGCUACAUGGCAAGUGAGAACUCCUCUCAGGACACCUACAACAGGGCCAAGGAGCUGGCUGCACAAAUAGGCAGCUACCACAUAAACCUAAACAUUGACACAGCAGUGAAGGCCUUGAUGGGAAUCUUUUCCAUGGUAACAAGAAAGUGGCCACAGUUCCGUGCAAAUGGAGGAAGUACAAGGGAAAACCUGGCUCUUCAGAAUGUGCAGGCCCGGGUAAGGAUGGUCUUGGCAUACCUUUUUGCUCAGCUAAGUCUGUGGUCACAGGGCAAGCCAGGUGGGCUCUUGGUGUUGGGGUCAGCCAAUGUGGAUGAGUGCCUGACAGGAUAUUUGACCAAGUAUGACUGCUCUAGUGCCGACAUUAACCCUAUUGGUGGCAUCAGCAAGGCAGAUCUGAAAAGCUUUAUUCAGUACUGUACUGAGAAAUUCCAGCUCACUGCACUGCGCAGUAUCAUAUCAGCUCCUUCCACAGCAGAACUGGAGCCUUUGUCAGAUGGUCAGAUUUUGCAAACUGAUGAGUCUGACAUGGGGAUGACCUAUUCUGAGCUGUCAGUAUUUGGAAGUCUGAGAAAGAUUGCAAAGUGUGGACCAUACAGCAUGUUCUGUAAACUUAUUCACACAUGGAGAGAGAUCUGCUCGCCUGCACAGGUGGCUGCAAAGGUGAAACACUUCUUUAGGAUGCAUUCAGUAAACAGGCACAAAAUGACCACUGUGACUCCGGCCUACCAUGCUGAAAACUACAGUCCCGAUGAUAAUCGUUUUGAUCUGAGACCCUUCUUGUACAACGCAGACUGGCCUUGGCAAUUCCGGUGUAUAGAUGACCAGGUAUCUAAAAUCGAAACUGAAGAUGACACCCAUUUUCAUGAUGCCUUGAGCAGAGUUUCCUGAGUGAAGCUGCAGUUCACUCUUGGUUAAGAAGAGUUUUGAUUUCCUUCCUUCACAAUAAAGCUAUAUCUCAGGUACAAUACUGCCCUUGUGAGAUUAGUCUUUGUCCUGUUAUGGAGGCAAAGGCGAGAAAAGUGUCUACAUGCUGUGGAACAGUUCUUAUCUCAUGCAAAUAACCAGCUUAACUGAUUACUUCACAUAUUAAUCACUUACCUUACCAAUGAAUCCAUUUUUACUUGUAGUUUUCAUGCAGAGUAGGGCCAAAACAUGCAUAGUUUACAAGACAAAACUAACAAAAAUAAUGUUAGAUAUCUGUUACAUACAUUUUAAAGAGAGUUGUUUCAGUUCAUUUUGUUGCAUUUUAUAAUGUUAUUUUGUGCUGUUACCUUUCUUCUGAUAGCCUUGUCACAUUUCUGCGAUUUAGAUUUUUUUGUUGUAAAUGUAAUACAAUCAGGCAGUGGUAAACUGUAUUGUGCACAUUGAAUGAUCAAACAAAUAAUGAUGAAAGGUUUAAGUACUUUAAAAAAUCUGUAUCAGGUAUCGUCACGCAGAAUCAAUCCGUGUCAGUGUGAGAGAUUUAUCAUUUUGUGAUGAAAGGAAUGGAUGUGUUCAAAAUGAGUAAUGGUAUCUUUGUUUACCAAUUAGCACAAAUUGAUAGGCAUUUUAGUUGCAAUCCAAAUGUAAUCUACAGUGCACUGAUUAGAGAGAAGCACACUGGAAUUUGUUUUUAACAUGUCAUAAUAAGAAACUGUAUUCUAGACAAAACUUUUCAGUGAUGGGCUCUAAAGAAAAAAUAAUGAAACUUAUUUCUUGAAAAGGUUGGUGCACAAUUCAAAGAAUUAUAACUUGCUUUCGUAUGCAUUGUCCUUGUUCAUUGAAUGUAUUUGUUAAAGACAAUUCUGUAAAUUUCAAGUACUUUCUGAAGUUAUUUAAUUUGUGGAUUACUAGAUGCAAUGCUCCAAGAGAUUUAUUGCCUAUUAGAAUGUGCUGCAGUUGAAUUACACUUGUCUGAAAA